AUGCCAAUUUCCGAGGAAGAUAUCGAUGCCACAAUCCUUGAUCGCGCGAUCAACGACGCGUCCGACCAGACGGUACGCGCGGUUCUCAAAUCUAUUUGCGCGAAAAGCGACGAGGCUCGCAAAGAAGCCGAGAAUCAACUGCUGGUGUCGGCUACCGAAACUGAGAGUUCUGACAAAAAUAAGAGACGAGUACCACGCUACGCGUUCUGCGUUAAUUGCGAGAAGGAGUUCGAUGUCACGACCAAAACAGAGAAAAACUGUCGAUAUCAUCCAGAGCAAAGUGAGCCCACUGGCGAAGCCCUUUUUGUUGAUAAUUGGGAUGAGUGUGACGUGGAUACCGAUGAAAUGCGCGAGAAUUUCCCAGAGUGCUUUACAUUCGAGUGCUGUGAAGGGAACCUCAGAGAUAAUCCCGAUGGGUGUGUGACCGACUUCCACCAAGAACAGUAUCCUGGCGGAAGGCCAGCCAAAAGGUCGAAAGCCUUUUGA